ACUGUUGGGGGAAAGUAAAAUGGCCGCGCCCAUGAUAAGAUUACGAAUUUCUUGUACAAAUAGAACUUUGAUUUUAUCGUAUUUCGAUCAAGCUAAAUGUAUCUUGAUGCCUUCUUAUUGUAAAAAAAUUAUAAAUGGAAGAUGUUUAUCAAAAGCUAGUGGUACAAAAAAUGAGUCUACUGGAAAUGAAUCAAAGAAUGAAGAGAAAUCUAACGUAGGCGUAUCAAACGGUAACAUAGAAACAAAUCAAAAUAAUAGGACUAACAAUCCAACAUCAACCCGUUCUCAUCUUCUUUCGUCUUCUGUGGUUUUGACGUCGCAAGAACGUCUUGGUCACUUAAUGCAAAUGUAUGAAGAUUUUGUUGGGUUAACAGAAGUUAAACAAGCACAGGAAAAAGUCGUCUGUGUGAGUUUUUAUUUUAGAUUAUUUUAUUUCUUCUCAUUCCUUUUUCACUUAUUACUUAAACUUAAUAAUAAUUAAUACUGUUGUGUUGUUUUUCUACUUUCAAGAGAAAAAAAAACCCAACUAAGUACAUGGUAGCCUAUAGUUAUAACCUUUGGGUUAACCAUAAGAACAUAGCUAUAGUAUGGCCUAUAGACAGUCUAUAGUCUAUAGUAGUAGUAGAGUUUGGUAUAUUGGUCUUGGUAGGCCUUGUCUACUACUACUACUACAAAAAAAAAAACAAGAGUUACAGUUCCAGGACAAGCCUUCAGGUUGGAACUUUUUUUGGGCUUCCUUCUGGUUGAACCGAGCCCCCCAAAAUUAAUAAGUAGGCCUAUACUAUCCUAACUAAAAUUACCAGUAAUGUCAAAACUUGAAACUUCUUAAGAAUCAUGAGCAUGUCAAUAAACGUCAUUAGGGGUCCUCCACAAAUAACGUGAGCCAUCUACUAGAGGCAGGGGGCAAGAGCGGUGACAUUUUUUUGUUAUGUCAAUCUCAUAGUUGUGUGAAAAGGCAUCAUGUCAAAAAUAAUGAAGCAUGUUUUUGGUUUAAAAAGGAAAGUCAUGUUACCAUCAUUUGAAAUAAAUAUAUAUUGCACUGCACCAAAUUUUAAAUGCUCACUCAUGAUUGCAAUGACAUCCGAAUAGCAUUGGUCUAAUGGGACCUGGGUGCGAAUGGCGGUGCUGCGUGUCCGGGGCCAUUUUGAUUAAAUGCUAUUCGGAUGUCAUUUGUGGUAGUUUAUUUUAGUUAAACUGAAGAAAGUUUACAAACAUUUAGUCCAUUCAAUUAUCUUUCAUUUGAUACCUCAUUUUGUCUUAUAAACUCAACAAUAAUAUUUUACAAUUUUAAAUAUUUUUUUAAUCCCAACCUCUCACUUCUGGUACCCGGGUGCGAAUAGUCACAUCCUUGUUAAUAUGCAGUAGAGCUUAGAUUGUCUCUUUCAGAUGGGUUAAUAGCAAUAAAUUCUUGUCCUUUAUGGUUCAAAGAUCCAUCCCAACUCAAUCAAUCUAAUUGGAAUGUUUUAUUAUGGGUACAGUGCACAUUUUUUCUGAAUUAAUAUCAUUUCGGAGCAUAAUAAAUUUGAUAUUUUCCCUCCCAAUUAUCAGGCAGAGCAGAAGUUUUUACAAGUUCAAGAAGACAGACGUGCCAUGCAACAGGAACUUCUCUCAGUACAAGCUGAAGUUAGGAGAGUUGGUGCAGAACUUGAAAAAACCAGCAGAACUGAUACACAUUAUAUUGAGUUAGUUAAAAAAGAACAUGAAGCCCUUCUUAUAGAGAGAGAAAUGAGCAACAAGAUUAAGACCUUAGAUAAAGCAGAGAGAGACUUCUUUGCACUACUGAGUGCUGCCCUGAGAGAAAGUCAUGAAAAAGAAAGGGCAAGAGCAGAAAAGACAAAAUACUGGUCAAUCAUAGGCUCUGUGAUAGGGGCCAUUAUUGGAAUCGUGGGUUCAACAGUUAACAACCUUAAGAGAAUGAGGGAGCUAAGGGCCAUAGUGACAGAAUCUGCUGAAAAUACAUUGGAGUACAAAACUUUAGCCAACAAAAUGUUGGACAAUGUUGUCACCCAACAUUCUAAACUUGAAGAAUUUGUCCAGCAAGUCCUGAAUCACUCUGAAACCCUGGAGACCUUUAACACCAGCAAUAACAAUAUUACAGAUCAGCUUUCUGUCAACCUCAAAGAUACAAGCCAGAACACAAAUGCAGUUCUAGAAGAGGUGGGAAAACAAUCUAGGGCAUUGUCUGAACAGCUCAAAGAGAUUCAAAGAUUAUUAGCAGUUCAUCAGAGCAGUAGUCAUGACAACAAUGUGAUUUAUGUGGGUCCAGAGUUGGAACUGCUGCUGCAAAAGACUGAGCAGAGGCUAGAAGCAAAUGUUAAUAAAAAUGCUUUGUUCACCAUAACUGCAUUAGGUGGUAUGGCAACAUUAGGUGUGUCAGUCUUGAUUUAUCUACUCAGAGGUUCGGGAUAAUGAAAUACUGCUGACUAGGUCUGGAUUACACUACACUUUAGAUAGACAAAUGUUUACACAGUAAUAAUUGCAAGAGAUGAGGAUAGGUUUAUUUUCACCCAGAAGUAUUUUAAAUCAAACUGGUAUUUCUCAGAGUGUUGUGCAUAGAUAUUUAUUUUAAAUAAGGUACACUACAAGUUUGUGGGGAAGUUUAUGUUAUAAAUAUUUAUUUUUGUCUAUUUAUCCUUACUUUGUAAUUUCAUUGUUUUAUAUAAUGCAAUCAAUAAUUUAGGACUAUUUAUUAUUAUUUGAACAACAGGACUUCACACAAAAAAAUUGAUAUAAAAUUUAUUUGACCUCUUUUUUUACAUCCAUUAAAAAUAAUGGCAAACAGAUAACUACGGUACAUAAGUUAUCAUAAAUAUAUGAAAAUUUAUCCUAAUGUCCACCACAUUGUCAUAAAUAGAAGUUUUCAGCUGAUAAUUCGACAAGGUUGGGAAAUAAAAUCAGUAAAUUUAUCAGGUUUUUUUUAAAGGUAUAUAUUUAUGUGAUUAUUUUUCCAAUUAUUUCAUUUACUUGUGAAGUUAUAAUAAUUAAUACUGUAAUUGUACUACAUGAGCUGAGGAUUCCAAAAUACAAUGCCAAGAACAUAGGCUGUCAGUAAAACAAAAUUUGGAAUUAAUGCUCUAAAAUAAAAAGUAUUUGACAGUGACUCUUUAUCAUUGAACUGCUGUCAUAGCUUAAUCAUUACAAAUCAAUUACAUUUGGUAGUAUAUAUUUUUCUGAUCACCUUAAUAGUGGAUGAAUAAGCAGUUCGUUCAUUCAACAGUAAAUAAAUAAAAUAUUUUAAAUCCUUUAGACUACUAUAUUUAUUCCUUUAUCUAAGAAAAUUGAUAGAAUUAAAAUGUUUGCAACACUGUUUAAAUAUAACAAUAGACUUGAUUGUUCCAUUGUUUUAAAGAAAUCCUUUUUAGAGACCCUGCGUACAGGUAAAGAAUUCCCCCCCCCCCCCAAAAAAAGGUACAUCAAUUUCAAAAUAAUAUAAUUAAUGAUUGCUAUGUCACAGAAACAGAGAUUUCAUUUAAAUUAUUUUACUGUUUAGUGGUGGAUCCAGGAAAACAUAAUGGUAAUAGGCACACAAGUUUGGCAUGGUGUCAAAUGUAAGUGGCCCAAAAAUAAUGAUGUCAAAAAUAAUGUCAAGGGGAAUAUCCUAAACACAUGUGGCAUGAAAAUGAAACUGUGGAGAAGGCGCACACACAGAAAUGUCAGGGAGGGAUAAAAGUACAAUUUGCAGACCUGGUUACUCUGGAAUUCCUAAAUAGUACAAUAUAGUCUCAGAAUAGUAUUUAACCAUCUCAAAAUCUUACAAUACUGUAAUGUAAUAGUAAAUGUAAUAGUAAAUUAAUAGACAUACAGUUUGAUGUAUACAAUAACUUUGCAUCCCAUGCCUGAUAAAGGUCACUUCUCAAAGUAGAUGACUGAGGGUAAUAUAUUUACAUAUAGUGCAUUAAUGCAAAUAAAAAUUGCCUGCAUUUGCCACAUUGAUAGAUAGAUGAAGAUGUGGUGUGGGAGCGAAAAAUUAAGGAUGCGUGCUGAAAUCACCCGAGGCUGAGCCCCCUUCCCAGAAUUUUUUUUAAUAAAUUCAAAAUGUAGGGAUGCACUUUUGUGUAUACCUGAAUAUAGUUUUGCAUUAUUCUACAUUAAUGGUAAUGCUUGUGGAAAAUUAAGUUCCCCUUACCUAGUCGUGUUUAUAUUAUAUAAACCCUUUUUAUUUUAGUAAUUACUAAAUAGUAAAAUUGUUUGAUAUCGUUAGUUUAUUUCUUAUUGAAGCAAUUUUAAAAAAAAUAUCAGUCCAAAAAAGGGGUUAGUACACUGAAAUGGCGUUUACAGUCACACUAAAAUGAUGUAUAUGAUAUGUAAUUCAAAGGUGCGUGUAUGCCAAAAAUAAAAAAAAUCGCUAACUGAAGAACUAAGUUAGUUUAUGAUACAUCCGGUGGCCCACAAUAUUUAACGGAAUAUAAUUUUUUUUUAACCCGGUCUUGUAAAAUCAUAGUUUUGACAGAUCUCAGCGUACAAUGGUAAAAGAUGUGUCUAAAAUGUACAUUUUACGCCAAAAUAGUAUCUGUAAACAAGUCUGCAAUAUUGAAAAUAUAGAUAUCACUAAAAAUAAAAAGAAAGUGAGAUUUUUUUUCUUCAAAAUUUAAGCUUGGAUAUACCAAUUGACACUAUUUUAUCAUAUACACAAUGAAUGGGUAAUUAUGAUGUGAUGAUUAAUUUAUUAUAAUAAAAAUGUUAAAAUACAAAUGUAUUCCUUAAGUUAAUUUUGUGCAGUGAGUAUGUGCUAUGAAAUGUAAUCAUAAAUAUUUUAUUAAACUGUUAAUGAG